UUACAAUAUAAACAGUCUGGCUGGAUAUAUCUAAUAACGAAAAAAAAAGAGAUACAGACGGUCAAAAUAUAGAUUCGAUUCGGAUUCAAAAGUAUCCCAUCCAUCAAUCUAGAGUGUGUGUUGCGGUCUCGCAAAUUAAAAGUAUCUAUCUAUCUUUCUAACUACACGCACUCGUUUAUUUGAAACCGGUGCUGCUGCUGGAGGUGCCUGCUGUUGCUGCUGCUGGAUCCGGAUAAAAAUAUAGACGACACAGACACUGUAUAAAAUAAAACAAAAUUAAGACAAUGGCUCUGGGGGAUGAUGAUGAUAAUAAGAUGCCAUUGAAGGAUCGAACUUGCAAUGAUGAGGACACAGACUUGAAUAUGACAGCCGAGACUAGACUUGAACAAAGGCGAGAAAAUAUCCUAAAAUGGAUGAAACGACUGACAAUAGCUCUAAUCAUAUUGAUUGGAGUCUUUUUACUCGGCUAUAUGUUCUGGAAUCUAACUUUCAGUGUUUGUAAAUAUUUUAUAGAUGCCAAAGAGCCGAAACUUGUUGUGGAAGAUGUUCAUAUUGCGUCCUUAAAUGAUGGUGGAGUGGUGGUUCCGAUGAGAGAUGCUGAAUCGGUACCGGCUACAACAAUAACAAUACCGACAACAUUGAAACCAGAUUCUCGAGAUAAUUCAAUUAAAAAUAUACCAGAAGUAACGACAAAAGCUGCUGAAGUGCCUUCUCUUGAAGAAUUUGAGUCUAAAUUGGGUGUUUAUGAAAAAGCGGCUGUUUGUUCAGAUAGUGGCAUUUGCAGUAAAGUCGGCAGUGACAUAAUCAAACGUGGUGGCAAUGCCGUUGAUUCCGUUCUAUCUGUUCUCCUUUGCAAUGGUAUCGUCACAAUGCAAAGUAUGGGCAUUGGAGGUGGUUUUAUAAUGAAUGUUUUCAUUAAAAAAGACAAUCGUGCUUAUACAAUCGAUGCCCGAGAAGUUGCACCAUUUAACGCCCACGAAAGUAUGUUUGUUAAACAACCAUCAGCAUCAUUGAGCUCACCCGAAGCAAUAGCAGUUCCUGGCGAAGUUAUGGGCUAUUAUCAAGCUCAUACUCGUUUUGGUUCAUUGCCAUGGAAACAGAUCAUAGAACCAGCGAUCAAAAUUUGCGAAGAAGGUUUUAUUAUGUCAGAACAUCAAUUUGGUGCUUUGGGCCUUAAACCAUCGGUUAAGAAUGAUACUCUUUUGAGAUCAGCUUUUGUCAAUAAUGCUACCGGUGAAUUCCAUGAGAUGGGUUCCAAAAUUAUGCCACCACGAGAACUUUGUCAGACUUAUGUCAAUCUUUCUAAAAACGGUCCAUUGGACUUUUAUAAUGGUUCGAUAGCUAAGGAUAUUGCUGCUGACUUAAAAGACUUGGGAAGUAUUGUAACUGCUGAUGAUCUCGAGGCUUAUAGUGCUGAUUUUGUAAGCUCGAUUUCAAUGCCUUUGGGAAGAGACACCCUGUAUGCGGUUCCACCAGUUGGUAGUGGUUCCGUUGUGGCACAUAUAUUGAGCAUUUUGAAUGGUUACAAUCUUACCAAAGACAGUUUUUCAAAUGAAACCACAAAGGCUUUGUUCUUACAUCGAAUGGCUGAAGCAUUCAAGUUUGGAUUUGCAAAACGGUGGGAACUUAGUGACAUGAGAUUUAAUGAUGAGCUCAGAGAUCUUGUAAGUCAACUAACCUCAACCGACUUUGGAGAAGAACUAAGAAAAAAGAUAAAUGAUUCAGCUACAAGUGAUAAUAAUGAGUUUUAUGGAGCAAGAUUUUCCUCUAAAGAUGACUUUGGAACUUCACACAUUUCAGUGUUAGCACCAAAUGGUGAUGCAGUUUCUGUAACAAGUUCUGUAAAUCAUUACUUUGGAGCAGGAUUCACUGGAAAACGUACUGGAAUUUUAUUCAAUAGUGGAAUGGAUGAUUUCUCCACUCCAGGGGUACCAAAUCAAUUUGAUUUACCUCCAGCACCAUCGAAUUUUAUUGAACCGCAAAAACGUGCAAUGUCUUCGAUGUCACCAAUGAUCUUGACAAAUAGCACAGGUCAUGUGAAGCUUGUUAUUGGAUCAGCUGGUGGUUCGAAAAUUAUUACAGCUGUAGCGCAGAUUAUUGCGAGAGUGGUUUGGUUUGGAGAAGAUAUUAAAACCGCAAUUGAUGCGCCAAGAAUUCAUCAUCAGCUGAUACCAAAUAUUUUGAGCUAUGAGAAUGAGAGUUUAGAGAGCAUAGCCAAGCUUUUAGAAGCUAAAGGACACAAAACAGUACGUUUUCUUGGUAGAGGAUCAACAAUGUGUGGAAUAGCACAAAAUCGAACGGCCAUUUAUGCGAAUGCAGAUUUUCGUAAAAGAGGUGGAAUAGAUGGUUUUUAGGAAAAAAAAAAACAACAAAUAUCCAUCAUCACUUGUAGUGUGUACACAAUUCUUAUACACAACAACAAUUUUUUUGUACAAAGUAAAAAAAAAAAAUGUGAAAAAAAACUC